UGUUCAUUUAAAUUGCAAUUUAUUUAUACACAUUUUAAUGCAUCAAUUAUUAAAUUAAUAAUUUGUUUCUUCAUUUUAUCUCUAACCGGCACUUCUGCUCCUCCAUAAAUAGGAAAAUAAACUAAUAAACAAACAAACAAAUACAACGUUUUUUGGGGGAACCGUAUAGACAUGUCACUUUCACUGCUUGUUUAUUAAAGAUUUUAAUUGUUUAUUUAUUGUUUAUUAGUCGUCUGUAAGCAGCGAGAUAACCCAUCGCUACUAAUUGUGAGAGCUGGAGAAUCUCUGCAUUUGCCGUGUAAGAAUGAUGCCUGCUUCAAAGGCAACCUUGGAUUCAACAACACUUACACUUGGUUUAGAAAUCUGAGCAGAACGAUGAAGCUGGAGCAGAUCGGCACCGAGGAGAGUCAACGGGUGCAUUACCAUAAAUCUAGUCUGUACAUCCUCAAUCUAACACUCAACGACACGGGAAAAUACAUCACAUACUGGAGGGAUGCGGAGGGCAGUUGUUCUGAGUUCGAAACAGACAUUGUGGUUCAUGAGAAUUUCAGCAGAGAUCUCCUGUACGGAAAGACGGAGAAUUCAGAAAUAAUUUGUCCCAUCUGUAAGAAUCAGCCAGGCUCCUUCAUUUGGUAUAAAGAUUUCACUCUUAUUCCAAACCAGUCAAAAAGUUCUUUACGUAUUCGUAAUAUUUCAAAAGAAAGCCAGGGUAUUUACACCUGCGUCUGCACCUGGGACCAUCAUGGGAUCAAAUACAACACCUCUGGAUCUCGAGAGCUGGUCAUUAAAGAGAAGACCGUCAGAAUUCCUCCACAGUUUCGCCUUCCAAUCAAUAACUCCAUUGUCAACACUAAUAUUGGUGCAGAAAUGCUGCUCAACUGUUCGGUGUUGUUUGGGACGGUGGUGUGUGAUUUUUGCUCUGUUCACUGGGAGAAAAACGGGAUCAAAGUGAACAAGAUGAAGGGAUACGAGGAGAAGUACAGUAAGAACGGAGGCUUCGCUCAUUCUCUCCUGAACAUCACUGCAGUGUCUGAGCUGGACCUUCAGUCGAAGUUUCACUGUGCAGCUAUGGACGAAUAUGGAGUGAUUUAUGUGUUAGUCACUUUGAAGAGAGAACCAUCGGUGCUCACUGUGGUCCUGGUGUUCAUCUUCAUAUUCACCGUCUUGCUGCUGUUUGCUGGAACUGUGAGGUGGUUUGCUUUGGAUCUGGUGCUGCUUGCAAGGAAACUUUUUAUCAAAUUGUACAGGACAGAGGAUGGGAAGCUCUAUGAUGCCUAUGUGAUUUACCAGAGAAGUGGCUUGGAUGGGGAGACGGGCCAUGCUGUGAGUGAGUUUGUGAACGGGGCUCUUCUGCCGGUGCUGGAGAGCAGCUGUGGAUAUAAACUCUUCAUCCAUGGCAGAGACGACCUGCCUGGAGAAGACUCUGCAAACCUGAUCCAAACCAAGAUCCAGCUGAGCCGCAGACUCCUCAUCAUUUUAUCAGCAGAAGGAGUUGGAGGUUCAGCUGAGGCGUAUGACCUGCAGGCGGGUCUCCAUCAGGCUCUGGUUCAGGGAGAAACGCCGGUGAUCAUCAUCCAGCUGGGGCUCAUGCAGGACUACAGUCACCUUCCUCUGGGACUCCAGCAUCUGCUCCGCAAGAGAUCCGCUUUACUGUGGAGAGAUGGAGAGGCGAGCCUGAACUCCAGAUUCUGGAAGAGGGUGAGGUAUAGGAUGCCUGCGGCGUCUGCAACGAUCCGGGGAAGCAGAGCAUCAAACACAGCAGCAUUUCACUGGCAGAGUUUGUCUGUUUGAUCAUGCACUUAGAGUUUUUGUCUUGUUUCUUGGCCAAAUUCUAGCAAAAAAAGGUAAUUUAAGUCAAAUUGAAGUGAGUUUAUCCAUAGAAUUGGGUAAGCUAAAUUGUCUGUAGUGUAUGUGUGUGAAUGAGAGUGUAUGGUUGCUACCCAGUGGUGGGUUUCAACUGGAAGGGCAUCCACUGUGUAAAACACUGGGUUUCUGCAGGUUUCAUCAAGACAAAUUUAAGACUUUUUAAGACUAUAAAGAAUUAAAUUUAGACUUCUGCAGGGUUAAGAUUUUUUUCUAAAGGCCCGGUGUUAUCAUAAGGAAUCAUGUAAUUGUUUUUAGUUUUUUCCCCCUGAUUAGGGAAUUUAAUUUGGGGAAUUUGCAGGAAACGGCUGUUAUGAACUCUGUUAUGAUCUCUUUUGCAGUAACUUAAAUAUAAAAAAUAAGAUUUUAUUGAGAUGUGUUGUUGAUCAUAGAUGGAUAUCGGCCCAAAUUGAGUAGCUUUAUUUAGACAAAGCAAAAUAAAGACCUGUUUAAAACAAUUUAAGACCUACAAAGCAAUAUGGCAGGGAAUUUAGUGCUUGUUAGGGCAAUUUAAGACAUUUUAAGACCAUGUGGAAACCCUGAAAACAUAUGCUGGAUAAGUAGGCGGUU